AUGACCCGUAAAAAUAAAAAGUCAGUCGCUGAACGAAAUAAGCAAUCAUUAUUAAAUGGCCGACCUAAUUCUGACAAUGGCGACACUCAACCCGCCCCCACUAACUCUGUUUCAUCUGCUGAAAUUGAGUUAUCACUUUUUAGAACCAUCGAAAAUAUCCGCAAUGAACUUCUUAAUUCUAAAUACUCUUCAACCCGAACACUUUCUCUUAUCUAUCCCGAUUUUCCACCCUGCCCGCGUUAUCGACUUCAGCCGAGAGGUCUUAUUAAUGCUCGAGGCAUCUGCUAUUUAAUUUCCAGCAUUCAAGCACUUUUCAGUCUUCCGCCUUUCAUUGCCUUGCUUCAUCAUAUUUCCAUUUCAAUUCACAAUUUGUUUGAUCAACCUGGUCAGUUGAGGGACAUCUGGAAGGAAUCAGAUUCGACAACAGUAGCUCUUUUGCGUUCACUACUGCUGCUUCUAGAUGAAAUGGUUCCUUAUCGGCCCGGAAAUGAUGCUACCGGUGAACCGGAUUUACCGCACGAGUUUGGAUUUCUUCCAACGCAAAAGGCUUUACAGCUUGAUCCCAAGCUUUUCUCAAUUCUCACUUUUGAACCAGGUCAACAAGAUGCUGGAGACUGUAUGUCACGAAUAAUUACUCAACUGCAUGAAGAAAUGGCAACUCUUUUACGCAAAUUCAAGCCGGCAGAACUCGUGAAUGAGCUAUCUGACCAGUUGGAAGAUGAUGGAUGGUUCACAGUGUCUGCCAAAGGCAAGAAGAUUAAAGAAGCUAAGGUGGCUAGAGUUGAUAAUGGCGAAGUGACUCCCAUAUCCCUUCUCUUCGGUGGAACACUUGUUAUUCGUUCAUCUUAUAAAAAGUCUCCGAAAUUAGCCGAGAAAUCUGAUAUUGGUAUGAAGGAGAGGUUUUUUGUUCUCCCCCUGGAAAUACUUGAUAAUCGAAUAGGAACCUUGGAGGAAUGUUUGAAAUUUCUUUCCAAAGGUGAAAUUCUUAGUGAUUUCAAGGACCCUGAAACUGGUCAGUGUGUUGUUAUGAAUCGUCGAGUUUUUAUUGAUUAUCUACCACCUAUCCUCAUGCUUCAACUCAAUCGAUUCUUCUACUCUCCUGAACACGGUAGAAUUGAGAAGGUGCUGAAGGCAAUUCCAAUUAAGAGGCAUCUAAUCAUUGGGAAAGAUAUUGUCUCAAAUGAGCAUACAUUUUCAAUCGGUCAGGGUAGUUAUGAACUGAAAGCGGUAAUUUUUCACCUCGGUUAUACAGCUGAACGGGGUCACUAUACAGUUGCUACCCUAUCUCCAGAAAGUUCUGGAAGUGAAGUACUGUACUUCGAUGACAUCAAUGUCUUCCAAUUUGGUGAUAGAUCAGAAAAGUAUUGGGAAGACCUCUUUUCAUCCCACAGACCUUUCGAUGUGCGUGGCAGUCAAUUCGGUAUGUUGAAACCUCCGCCUUCUGAAAAAGGGAAACCAGGACCUAGGAUUACGGAACAACCUCGAACACCAUAUAUCCUUGUAACUCUCCCCGUCCUAUUCAUUCCUGGAAGUCAAGGCGAUAUAAACCAGAUUAGAUCGAUUGCCUCAAUAGCUUCUGAGUUAUACCUAAUAAAUAAAUUGAAUUUUUCUUUUGAAUUCUUUUCGCUAAAUUUCUUUGAGGACUCCUCCGCUGUAUCCACUGAGAUUCUCGAGCGCCAAUCGAAAUGUGUUGCCAGUCUAAUUCCAUUCAUUUAUAGUCUUUUCUCAAAGAAACCAGCACCAAUUUUAAUUAUUGGACAUUCGAUGGGUGGCUUGGUUGCCCACCAUGCUCUUUCUAGUGCCACUUUCGAUCCUUCAUUGGUGAAUACAGUAAUAACUAUAGCAUCUCCACUUAAAUCUCCAGUAAUCUCUCUGGGCUACAAUUUGCAAUCAUUUUAUACGCGCGUCCACGACUUUUGGAAAAAAGAAGCUUUGCACCCCAAAUAUAGCCAUAUAACUUACCUUUCAAUCACUGGAGGAGUGUCCGAUCAUCUUGUGUGGGAUGGUUUGGGAACUCUUGGAUUGCCUGCUGAUCGGGCGUUCCACCUCCCCACUCAGGCUGUUAAUCGGGUUUGGCUUACUUGUGACCAUCUCUGCAUCUUGUGGUGCAGGCAGCUAUUGAUGCAAAUUGACAAGGCCAUUUUUGACAUUGUCAACGCAACAGAACGAGCGUAUCUCAAUAGCCAGGAUCGAAUUAGGACUCUCAAGAACAUCCUACUCUCUCGCUCGGUUCCUAUCGAGCCUUCACGUAGUCCUCCUGGUCGUGUGGCAGCUUCUUCUGCCUUAUCUCCUGUUGGGGUCAACAAGCAUUGCAAAUGGAUUGAUCGAAGUGGGGGAUCUAGUGGAGUAUUUGUUACUCGUAUGACCUCAGUCUGCACAUACCUGAAAGUUGGGCCAAUAAGGGGUCACCAAAACGAACGCCUCAUGCUAUUGGCCAAUAGUGUAAGUUGUGCGAAUACCUCCUGUCAUCACAUUUGCCAUUGUCAAUGUUUAUGGAAUUGA